CAUGAUGCUGUUUUUUUAUGACAUCACUUCCUCUUGCGUGAUGGAGUCUUAGCUUGUCUUUCCCCCCUACGGUGGUGGACGUGAGUCGUCAGAUAAUUUGGGAAAUAUAUAGCUACCGAAAACGAAGCGCCACGACUCUAAACCACUGAACAGUAAAGAUGCCAGUAGCCGUAGGACCGUACGGACAGACCCAGCCGAACUGCUUUGACAGAAUCAAGAUGGGAUUCAUGAUGGGCUUCGCCGUAGGCAUGGCCGCGGGCGCUAUGUUUGGUACUUUCUCCUGUCUGCGUGUCGGGAUGAGAGGGCGAGAACUCAUGGGAGGAGUGGGAAAGACCAUGAUGCAGAGCGGAGGCACGUUUGGCACCUUCAUGGCCAUCGGAAUGGGCAUUCGCUGCUGAACUUUUUUUUUUUUUUCCUCACUCUCAACAUAAGACUCUCCUAAUUUGUGAAAUUCUCAAUUUGAUUCACCAUCUGCCACACUGUAAGCCUUAUGGGAGAAAUCACUUCAAAUAAAGGCUGAGAUUUAAAUGACCGCGGAAAAUUACUCAAAAGCAGGACUUUCAGCCCCAAGUGACUAAUUUCAGGUAAAGAACUGUAAUGUCAUUGUGGUGUAAAAACCUUCAUUUGAAUAUGACCAGACCACCUUCUUUGUAUGGCUAUCAAUUUUCCCCACAUUUAAUCAGAUUCCAUUUAAUUACAUGGAAGAAAAGAGGCUUUGAAACCCAGAAUGGGCUGGAUUACUGAACAUUUUCAAUUACUGCCAGGUUUAAACCAAUGAGAAUUUAGGCUGGUUGAAUGUCCAUGAUGACACCCACGGUAAGUUUCGAAGCCUCAUUUCUCCUACUGCUAACGUUUCACUCUUGGUAACCGUGCAAACCUUGUGGAGCUGCAACAUGCGUCCCGUCCAGGGGGUUGACGAUGCCAGGGUAGUCUUUCCCAAAAGAGAGGUGUUUGAUAAAGUGUGUCAUGUUGAUCUGGGAGAAAGAUAAGGGAUGUCAGGAGAAGACAAGCUGUUUUACCCAUCCAAACUGCAAAAUGUCCAUUAGGAGCUACGAGUAGGCUCAAUGCCUACAUACUUACAUUAUCCAGUCCGAAACUUUGCAGGUCAUGAACUGGAAGAAAGAGUUGAAAUGUUUGUUUUACCCUUAGAUAUACAGAUAUUUCAGUGGUCUGGAUGCUCUUUCUGAAUGGAAUUCACUUGCUGCAUUAUGCUGAUGUAGAUCUGCGUGCGACCAGCAUAUUGAGCGCAGAAGUUGCUACAUUAAAUAUGCAAGAUUAAAACAGGA